AUGGUGGAGAUGCCGAAGGUUUUGACUUUUGUUUUCGUGUUGGUUCUUUUAACAACUUUUGUGGAUUAUUGCUCGUUCUCGAUCGGUCCUACGUUUUCCAGAUCGAAAGCAUGUGGUGUUGCCAUUGGUACUGCUGCAUCUACUAACAAUUUCUUACAUCCCGUGUGUGUUGAAGACUCAGACAUUCAGUAUGCUGCCAAUACUCAUACUAAUCAUCCUGUUGCAAAUUCACCAAAGAAACUUGACUUUGUUAGAGAUUUGACAUCGGACAAAUCUGGUACCUCUGGAAUUGGAGCAAGCGUGGGUCACUAUGGUUCCCGAUUGUCAACCUUUUGCGGUGAUGGUAAUGUUAAUUACUUUCUGGAAGAAUUUGAGUCCUAA